AUGGUGGGUUCUCGGAUGAUGCCCGCCGGCUCAGAUUCUACUAAUAGCGGGAGCUGGCGAGAUUUUCUAAACCUUUCUCCGGAGAGGGAUUCAGUAGGAGGGGGAGCACUUACUUCUACGGGCCCUAACGGGGCGGGGCUCCCCUCCAUGUGGGAGGAAGAUUCGUUUGAGCUGGACGUUCUCGAAGAAUCAUUCUCAUCCUCCAAAACGGACACGGACUCCCCCCCGGCAGAGGAGUCCCAGGGGGAACCCUCGGUAAAUCGGCGUAGUCCCGAGGAAGCUGGGCCAGCGCUUCCAGCUAAUCCAGUCCCUUCCGGGGGGGACGAAGCUGGGCCAUCUCAUAGAGUGGGACCCUAUCAGGACCAAGGCCUACCUACUGAUAGGAAUGGUAACCCGAUGGAUCUUAAUGCUUGGCCCUCCCUAUCAUACGAGGAAAUCGAGAAUUCCGACUCUUUACGAGCGCGGAAUCUCCAAUUGUUGGAGGAUCUGGAGCGAAUCCAGGAAAUGGAACGGAACCUCCAGAACGAGAGGGAUCCCGACCGUCGUCGGGAAGUAGCCGCCUGCAUAGAUCGGGCGGCGCGCGAGCUGGAGCAAGAAAUUGCUCUCUGUCAAACCCGGGAUACUGUUCGGGAUGAUCAACUGGACGUAUGGAGGGAGGGGCUUUAUGAGGAAUUAGCAACGCAAGGGGAGAAACAGGCCCGCCUUGCGUUACUAAAUUCGUGGCUCAAGGUGUACAACAACCUUAACCGCGCAAGCCUGGGCUGGGCCUACCUCCAUCCUUAG